AUGACGAAGGAUCAAAAUUUAAAGAUGUUAGAACGCCGUUUCAUGAAUAUGGGAAUAUCUCGAUUUUAUUCAACUUCAAAUAAUGUUGCUGUUGUUAAAAAUGUAAAGGAUAAAGUUUACAUUGAAAAGUUGAGGGUCGAUGCCAUUGUUGGUCCAGAUUGCUGGGGUCAAUUGAAUCCGCAACGUUGUUUGAUCACGUUGGGCAUGUCCACUGAUUUUGGUAAAGCUUCAAAUACUGAUGAUUUAAGUUAUUCUUUGAACUAUGCUGCAAUAUCAAGAGACGUUACAAACUUUGUUAACGCUAGAAAGAAUUGGUUAUCACUGAGCAAGCUUUCUAGGGAUGUAUCAGAUUUUGCCAUGAAAAGUUAUAAAGGCAUCGAUAUGUUGGAAUUGAAUGUAAAUUCUAAAGAUGCUCAUAUCAGAAGCGAAGAUGUUUCCUGUGUAGUAUUGAAAUCAAGAAAUGAAGAUUCCAUCUCUGAGCCAAAAUAUGAUUAUUUGAGAAUAACUAAUUUGAAGUUGCUGACACUGAUUGGCAUUUUCACUUUUGAAAGAUUGCAAAAACAAUUUGUCACAUUGGAUUUAAUCAUUCCUUGGCCAAAAGAUGUUAAAGAUACUGUUUCUUACAAGACUAUCAUAGAUAAAGUUGUGGCGUAUACAGAAAAUGCAAACUUCAAAACAGUUGAAGCAUUGGUGGAGUCAGUUGCAAAAGUUAUAGCAAUGGAGCCAUAUUUCCAACAAUUACAAGAUGUCCCAAUUGAAGUAAAAGUAAUUAAGCUGAAUGCUAUUACCGCAACUGAAGGAGUUGGUGUUAGUUGUAUAAGAACACCAAAAGAAUUACAAUCUUUACAUAUCGAAACUGAUCAAGGAAAGCGCAAUGGUGUGAUAGAGGCUGAUAACAUUUCUUCACCGUUUAAUUUGCCUGUAUUAGAGAGAAAAAUAUCAAAAAUAAAUUCUGCAUUUCUGGCUUUUGGAUCCAAUGUAGGCGAUAGAUUUGCAAACAUAAACAAUGCAUUGUCCUUGUUACAGCAAAAUGAAAAAGUCAACAUCGAAAAAGUGUCUUCUCUAUUCGAAAGUGAACCAAUGUACUUUAAAGACCAAAGUCCUUUUAUGAAUGGUUGUAUUGAGAUCACCACCCAAUUGACUCCACAUGAACUACUCGAAUUAUGUAAGAAGAUUGAAUAUGAUGAGUUAAAAAGAAUCAAACAUUUUGAUAAUGGUCCUAGAUCAAUUGAUCUCGAUAUCGUGAUGUACAUCAAUGAUAAAGGUGAGCAUAUUCUGAUCAAUGAUGAAACAUUGGUUGUACCACACCCAAGAAUGCUGGAAAGGACCUUUGUCUUGGAACCAUUAUGUGAAUUGAUUUCACCAACCCACAUUCAUCCAAUAUCAGCGGAACCAAUUUUUUCAUCUUUGCAAGAAAUCUAUAAGAAACAAGAUCCAGAAAAUGAAUUAUGGGUGUUAAAUCCUUUACCUGGUCAAUCAAGAUUCUUGAAGUAUAAAUCCGUUACGAAAUUUAAUUGUUUUGAUAAUUCAUACAAUAGAUCACUAGUUUCUCCUACUUAUCUUAUGGCAAUCAUCAACACUACUCCUGAUUCGUUUUCAGGUGAUGGUAUGUUGGAUAAUGAUAUUGAUAUGCAAUUAAAGCAUAUCAAAGAACUUUGUGAUAAGGCAUUGCAACUAUCUGAUUCAAUUAUUUUGGAUAUUGGCGGUUGUUCAACUCGUCCAAAUUCUGCUCAAGCUAGUAAUGAAGAAGAAUUUGAGCGUACAAUUCCUUUAAUCAAAGCGAUCAGGGAAUCAAAUACCCUUCCAAAUUCAAAGAUUAUUCUAUCCAUCGACACUUAUAGAGCAAGCAUGGCGCAAAAAGCUAUUGAAGCUGGCGUAGAUAUUAUUAAUGACAUUUCAGGAGGAUCGUUUGACAAAGACAUGUUUAAGGUCAUUGCAAAAAAUGCGAGAGUAAGUUACGUUUUAUCUCAUAUUAGAGGUGAUAUAUCAAAUAUGGUUACAUUAAAUGAUUAUACGGAGGAUAAAUCUGAAAACGAAGAAUUUAUCUAUGGUGAAAAGAGUACAUCCUCUGAAACCUCAUUCAUAAGAACAAUUUCCAGAGAACUUGCUAAAUCCUAUGAAAAAGCGAUUUCAGAAGGUAUUAAACGUUGGCAAAUACUUCUUGAUCCUGGGUUAGGUUUUGCUAAGAACGGUAAGCAAAACUUGGCAAUUAUUAAAAAUUUGCCAAUCAUGAAGAAUUACUCAGUAGAUUUGAAUGAUGACACUUAUGUUAGUUUCCGUAAUUUACCAGUACUACUUGGUCCUUCAAGAAAGAAAUUCAUUGGCACCAUUACAAAGGAUGACGAGCCAAAGGAUAGGGAUUUUGCAACUGGCGCAUUAGUUGCCUCAUGUAUAGGGAAUGACACGAAUAUAGUUAGGGUACAUAACGCAAUUGAAUGUGGUAAAAGUGUUAAGAUUGCGGACACUCUUUAUCGUGACAUUGAAUGA